AUGAAAGAUGGAGGAAUUUCUACGACAAAAUCUGAUAGUUAUAUUUUUGCUAUAGAAAAUAAUUCUAUUCCAAUAUGUUUUGAUCCGUUGGCUGGUGAAGAUGGAAGGAAGUUAUUAUUUAUUCCUAAAGCAAGAAGACGAGGGCCUUUAAGUAUUGAUGAAAUAAAUGAAUGUAGAUAUGAUCCAAAAUGGAGGAUUAAAAGGUGCUUUUUCUAUUCAAUAUUUUGGUUUGGCUGGAUUUUCUCUCUUUUAAUUGCCAUUUUGAUAACCUUUUCUCACCCAAAAUGUGAAUUUACAACGAGAGAGUGGUGGAAAGAUUCAAUGAUAUAUGAGAUUUGGACACUUUCCUUCUCCGAUUCAAAUUCUGACAAAAUUGGUGAUUUAAUUGGAAUAAUUCAAAAAUUGGAUUAUUUACGACGUUUGGGUGUUGGAGCAAUAUUUUUACGUCCAAUAAUGCGUGUUGAAAAGAGUGGAUUGGGUGUUAUUGAAUAUAAUAAAUUGGCAAGUAAAAUUGGAAAUUUUGAACAAUUUAAUGAAUUAAUAAUAAAGGCACAUAAAAAAGAAACUAAAAAUGGGCUAUAG